UAAAUACUGGACGAUGGGUCAUUUAGACCCUAUUGAAAUAUUACAGCAAUGGACCCAAGAAAUGAGAGUAUUGUUCCCAGUAUCACUCAAUUGGAAAAUUUCCUUACAGAACAUGACUCUAAUGUUGUUUGGCUCUUAGUUGCUACAAUUUUGUCCUGUGGCUGGAUUAUUUACCUAACAUAUUACAACUCUCGGAACAUUGGAUUUGUUUUAACAUUUGUCCUUAACAGAUUAUAUAAAAAUGGCUACAUUCAUAUUGGUUCCUUUUCCUUCUCUGUCCUAUCUGGGAAAGUCAUGGUUCGAGAAAUCUAUUACAUUACACCAGACAUGUCUAUCAGAAUCCAAGAUGGAUUUCUUAUAUUUCGUUGGUGGAAGAUGUACAAUCCAAAGCAGAAACAGCAUGACCCAAAGGCAGAAACAAGAUUGUAUAUCAUGGUGAAUGAUUUUGAAUUUCAUGUCUACAAUCGCUCUGAAGUGUACUCACGACUUGAGGAACUAUUUGGUUUGGACCCAACCAUAAUUCCACAAAAGAAAGAAGAAGAAAAAGCAAGAGAAAAUGGGAGGGAAAGAACACAGUCAGAUAUUGGAAGUGUUAAAGUAAAAAGUGAAUCUUAUGAUCCCUCAUCAUCGUGGAGAUCUCUUAUUCCUGUCAUCAAAGUCAAUGUUAGCACUGGUCGUUUGGCCUUUGGGAAUCAUUAUCUGCCUCAGACAAUCUGCAUUAACUUUGAUGAUGCUUUCUUAACUUAUACAACAAAACCACCUUCAAGUCACCUUGAUCAGUUUAUGCACAUUGUAAAAGGAAAACUGGAAAAUGUGAGGGUCAUGCUUGUUCCAAGUCCAAGAUAUGUUGGUCUUCAAAAUGAUGAACCACCAAGAUUAAUGGGAGAAGGCUUUGUUGUGAUGCAAUCCAAUGAUGUUGAUAUCUACUAUUAUAUGGAUGAACCAGGUCUUGUUCCAGGAGAAACAGAGGAAAAUAAUGAGGAAGAAACAAGUAGUGAGGACAGUAAAUUGCAAGACCUUCCCCCCUGCUGGGGAUUGGACAUAGUUUGUGGUAAAGGAACUGAUUUCAACUAUGGUCCAUGGGCUGACAGGCAAAGGGACUGUUUGUGGAAAUUUUUCAUCCCGCAAGAUUACCAAGUAAUGAAAGUCUCAGAACUUCCACAGCCUGGGAAGCCACGGCAGAUCCUUGCUUUUGAGCUGCGGAUGAAUAUAAUUGCAGAUGCCACUAUUGAUUUGCUCUUCACAAAAAAUAGGGAAACUAAUGCUGUACACGUAAAUGUUGGAGCAGGCUCUUAUUUGGAAAUCAAUAUUCCCAUGACCGUAGAUGAAAAAGGUUACACUCCUACAAUUAAAGGACAACUUUUACAUGUAGAUGCCACCAGCAGUAUGCAGUACCGAACUCUCUUGGAAGCUGAAAUGUUAGCUUUUCAUAUUAAUUCUACCUAUCCCCGGAUAUGGAACAUGCCGCAGACAUGGCAGUGUGAAGUUGAAGUAUAUAAGGCAACCUACCAUUUUAUCUUCGCUCAAAAAAGCUUUUUUACAGAUUUGAUUCAGGAUUGGUCCAGUGACAGUGCCCCUGACAUCUAUGCCUUUGUUCCUUACACAUGGAAUUUUAAAAUCAUGUUUCAUCAGUUUGAAAUGAUUUGGGCAGCAAAUCAGCACAAUUGGAUUGACUGUUCCACAAAGCAACAGGAAAAUGUUUAUGUGGCAGCCUGUGGGGAAACAUUAAACAUAGAUUUUUCUUUGCCUUUUGAUGACUUUGUUCCAAGCAUCUGCAGCACUACAUUCUCUUUAAGGGGAGAAGGUCUAGAUCUUCACUUAUUUCUUCCGGACUGCCACCCCAGUAAAUAUUCUCUCUUUAUGUUGGUAAAAGACUGUCAUUUUAGCAAACUAAAUCCUGAGUCUUGUAACUCUGCUGAAAGUCAGAGUGGUCAAAAACCAAGCAAACCAAAGUGGAGGAACAUAACACAAGAAGAGGCUGGCUGGGUCGAAUGCUGGACUGUUCCAAAUGUUAUGCUCACAAUUGGCUAUGCGUGGCAUCCAAUUUAUCCCCAGAAAGCUGACGAGCAGUUAAAGCAGUCACUGUCAGAAAUGGAAGAAACGAUGUUAUCUGGAUUAAGACCCUCCCAGAAGAAGUCCCCCUUAGCAUCUACCCGCCCUCCUGUUGACCCUUCUGAGCUUCCACCUGACAGGCUCCGCGUGGAACUGGAACUCUCUCCAGACUCUCAUAUCAUUUUAUAUGGACCUCUUUUGAAAGCCUUCCUGUCCAUAAAGGAAAAUUAUUUUGGUGAAGCUGAUAUGUACACUGACUUUGAAGAAGUGAUUUCAAGCCCUGUUCUAUCCAUGUCAACGUCUUCAAGUUCUGGAUGGACUGCGGUAGGAGUGGAUGCUGACAAGAAGGAGAGCGAGACGUUGGUCAGGCAGGCUCAUCCUCUAACUCUGCGCCCUUGGGAUAUUACUGUGCUUGUUAAUGUGUACAAAGUGCAUGGACGACUCCCAGUGCAUUGCAGCAGUGAUGGUCCUGAAUGUCCUACAGUUUUCUUGGAAAGGUUAUGCUUUGAGAUGAAGAAAGGAUACAAGGAGACAAUGUUGCAACUUGUGUUGUCACCAGUGAAUUUGUUUUUGAAUGACAACUACCAGAGACCCCCUGUGGAUGAAGUACUUCGAGAGGGUCAUAUCAGCCUUUCGGGUCUGCAAUUACGGGCCCAUGCGAUGUUUUCAGCUGAAGGUUUGCCUCUGGGAAGUGACUUGCUAGAAUAUGCAUGGUUGAUUGAUGUGCAAGCUGGGAGUCUGACAGCUAAGGUUACAGUUCCGCAGCUUGCAUGCCUGCUUGAGUGGGGACAAACAUUUGUGUUCCAUGUGGCGUGUCGUGAGUUUGAACUGGAAAGGCCAAAAUCUGUAAUCACAUGUCAGCAUGGAAUUGAUCGCCGCUUCUGUGAAUCAAAGAUGACCUGUGUCGCUGGCCCUUGUCCAACCUCUGAUGAAUUAAAGUAUACGAUGACUCGGGUAGCAGUAGAUGGGGCAGAUACAUUUAUUGUAGAGCACGGGUGUGCCACAAAUAUUAAGAUGGGUGCUGUACGCAUUGCAAAUUGUAACCUACACAACCAGUCUGUUCGUGAAGGUAUAAGUGCAGCCAUUCAAGACCUUCAACUGCGACAAUACAUUGAACAAGUGAAUAGCUGCAGAGUUGGUCUUCAGCCUGCAGUGCUGCGAAGAGCGUAUUGGCUUGAAGCAGGGUCAGUCAGCUUCGGUCUCAUCACUGCGGACGUUGCGUUAGCAGCAGACCAUCGUUCUAAACAUGAAGUGCAGAGGCGUUUUUUGGAAACUCAUGACAGCAGAACUAAAAGAUUAUGGUUUUUAUGGCAAGAUGAUAACGUAAAGAAUAAGAGAAGCAAGAACAAGUGUGGCUGUCUUGGUGGCUGUAGGUUUUUUGGUGGCACGAUGUCGGGCCUAGACUUCUUCAAGCUUGAAGAUUUGACACCCUCAAGUAGCUCUGCUUUUUCAAGUACGAGUGCAGAAUCUGAUAUGUUUUAUGGACAAUCUUUACUGCAGCCAGGAGAAUGGAUUAUUACCAAAGAACUUCAAAAAACUUUAGAUGGUAAAACAAAUGGUGUUAAAAGGAAAGAAUGGGAGUGUCGCCCUAUGGGAAUAGAAUUGGAAAGGAAAUCCCAGCACCUGAAUCUACAAGUACCGCUGCGAUCUCACAGCUCCUCCUCCUCUUCAGAGGAGAACAGUAGCUCUAGUGCUGCACUUCCCUUGCUUGCGGGUGAGAGGGAAAGCCCUUCUGCAGCUGACGACAACUUGGGGCAAAAGGAAUUCUUGGCAGGUGCAAAAAGAGAUGAAGUCCAUGGAUGUACUGUGGCAGAGGGCUCAGGAAGUAGUCCUGUAUCUCCUAACUCCCAAGAAAGGCCUGUUGGUCAAUCUCCUCUUAGAUCUCCUUUAAAACGUCAAGCAUCAGUAUGUUCUACUCGACUUGGGAGCACCAAAAGUCUUACUGCUGCCUUCUAUGGAGACAAGCAACCUGUUCCAGCUGGUGUUCAGUUCAGUAGUGACGUAUCUCGUAGUGAUGAAAAUGUCUUGGAUUCUCCUAAGCAAAGGAGAAGCUUUGGUUCUUUCCCUUAUACCCCUUCUGCUGACUCAAACUCAUUUCAUCAGUAUCGCUCCAUGGACUCCAGCAUGUCAAUGGCUGACAGUGAAGCCUAUUUUUCAGCAGCUGAGGACUUUGAACCUAUAAGCAGCGAUGAAGGCCCAGGAACCUACCCUGGAAGAAAAAAGAAAAAAAGGCAAGCAAAGCAAAUAGAUUAUGGGAGAGGCACUAUCUAUCACAGUGUAGAAGGACCAUUAACUACUACCUUACAUGGAGAAACUAGUCAGGAUCCAAAGAAUUUAUCAAUGAGAACACAUCCCUCCCUAGCUUCAUUUGUUUCUGCUUUGGGAGGAGAAGAUGAACUUGUAGAACAUUUAUAUGUUAUAGAGGCUGAGAAGGCACCAGAGAAUGAACAAAUCACUUCCCAGCAGCCUGUCAUGAACUGUUAUCAAAACUACCUUUCCCAGUAUCAGGUGGUCAACUGGUCAGUAAAGCAUCCGACAAACAAAAGAACCUCUAAAUCCUCGUUACAUCGACCGUUAGACCUAGAGACUCCAACUAGUGAAGAAAGCUCGUCGUCUUUUGAACUACUGUCUGUCCCAAGCUUUAAGAUUGUUAAACAGGGCCUAACAGCGAAUGCUCUACUGGACCGAGGUAUGCAGUUUACAGGAUCAACGUCAAACACACCAUACACACCUUUGGAAAAGAAAAUCCUUGACAAUACGGAUGAUGAAACAAUAACAGAAGAAUGGACUCUGGAUCACCCAGUUUCUCAGACCAGAACAACAGCCAUUGUGGAAAUAAAAGGAACUGUGGAUGUUGUUCUCACUCCACUAGUAGCAGAAGCUUUGGACAGGUAUAUAGAGGCAAUGGUUCACUGUGCUAGCACAUGCCAUCCAGCAGCUAUUGUGGAUGAUCUGCAUUUCAAUGUCCUCAGAGAAGCUGCGCAGAACAAGAAAACAACUUUCUCAGAAAAUUUAUCCUCCAAGCAGGAUGUUAGAGGAUCAAAACUAGAGACCCCUGCCACAGGAACUACUCAAGUGAAAACACAGACAAAUCUUUCUCUCAAGCAAGAUAAUGUGACCAUUAAAGGACUUCAGGCCAAUGUUACACUCCCCAAGGUGAAUUUAUGUUUACUGCAAGCAUCAGUGGAAGAAUCAUCAGGCAACGCUGCAGGAAAAAGCGUCACCCAUGUUUCCUUAGUGGCUUUGUGCUUUGAUAGGAUUGCUACACAUGUUCGCAUGAACAGAGGCGUGAUUGAAGAGUCUACAAACAGUACAGAAACUAGAAAUUCUGUGACUUUUGACAAGUAUGUCCAUACCAGUAAAAUGCAGCCUCAGUCUUCCGGUUCCCUGAGAUCCAACGCUGGAGCAGAGAAAGGAAAAGAAAUUGCAGCUAAGCUUAACAUUCACCGCAUUCAUGGGCAGCUCAGAGGCCUUGAUACAGCUGAUAUUGGGACUUGUGCAAUAACAGCUAUUCCUUUUGAAAAAUCAAAAGUUCUUUUCACUUUGGAAGAGUUGGAUGACUUUAGCUUUGUAGAUGAAACUGAUCACCAAGGAAUUCCAGAUGUAACAAGGAUAGGUCCCAGUCAAGAGAAAUGGGGCUGGAUAAUGUUUGAAUGUGGAAUUGAAAAUCUAACAAUAAAAGGGGGCAGACAAUCGGGUGCUGUUUUAUACAGCACGUUUGGAAGUAUGGGUAAAUGUGCAGCCACAGACAGGGGUGGACUGCUUGCAUCCAACAAUUCUUCAGAUUCUCCAACUGGGAGCGGUUACAAUACUGAUGUGUCUGAGGAAAAUCUCCCUUGUGAUCAGACAAGUGCUGCUUCAGAUAUUCAUGCAAAUUCUGUUUCAGAUGAGCAGGACGAAGGAGUUGAAUCAGAUGAUCUGAAAAAAGAGAAUCCUUUAAGACCUCCCCCACCCGAUUCAAGUAGCAUGAAGCUGACAAUCAAAGAAAUUUGGUUCAGUUUUGCUGCUCCCACAAAUGUGCGCUCUCCUGCCCACGUAUUUUCAAGGCAGCUGAACCUUCUGAGUACUGCAACGCCUGCUGUUGGCGCUUGGCUGGUUCCUAUUGAUCAAGUGAAGUCCUCUUUAAACAAAUUGGAAACAGAAGGAACGCUACGAGUUUGUGCUGUCAUGGGCUGUAUAAUGACUGAAGCUUUAGAGAACAAAAGCGUCCACUUUCCUUUGAGAAGCAAGUACAACAGGCUUACUAAAUUAGCCCGCUACCUGCAAGAAAAUCCUUCCUGUUUGCUGUGUAAUAUACUGCACCACUAUCUCCACCAGGCAAACUAUUCCAUCAUUGAGGAUGCAACUAUGAGUGAUGGCCUUCCUGCGCUUGUAACGUUAAAGAAAGGCCUCAUUGCCUUAGCUAGGCAGUGGAUGAAAUUCAUUGUUGUAACACCAGCCUUCAAAGGGGUGAGUUUACAUCGGCCAGCUCAGCCAAUGAAAAUCCAGCCAGCUGCACCCACCGAGCCAGAGGAUGGCUUUGGUUUGGACAACGGAGGUGGUCUUCAAAGUGACACAAGUGCUGACGGAGCAGAGUUUGAGUUUGAUGCAGCCACUGUCAGUGAGCACACAAUGCUGCUGGAAGGAACUGGCACCCGCCCUCCAGCUGCUGGGGUGUCUUCUGGACCUGUGACCGGUGCUGAGAUUAUGAGAAAACUAUCAAAGAGUCAUACACAUAGCGAUUCUGCUCUUAAAAUAAAGGGUAUCCAUCCAUAUCACUCUCUGAGCUACACUAGUGGAGAUACAGCUACAGACUCACCAGUGCAUGCUGGACGUUCUGGAGCGCUCAUUAAAGAAAGUCCAAGGAAAGAAAGUCUUCUCAGCUACCUGACAGGAAGCUUUCCUAGCCUACAUAAUCUCUUGGAAGGAACUCCUCAAAGAAAUGCAACAGCCCCCAAAAGUAGUUCUUUAACAAGAGCAGUGAACACAGUGCCCUCUGACAUGUUGUCAGAACAUCCUUUAUUAACUGAGCCAUCAUCUGUGAGCUUUUAUAACUGGAUGUCAAAUGCUGUGGGCAACAGAGGAAGUGUGGUUCAAGAAUCUCCUGUCACCAAAUCUGGACACAAUAGUCUUCCAACAGGUGUAGCCCCAAAUCUUCCUACUAUACCUUCAGCUUCUGACUUCAACACAGUACUUUCCAGUGAUCAGAACACGUUGGAUGGAACACAUUCACAACACAGUACCAGUCAGGAUGAUAUUGUCGGUAUAGAAGAAGGUAACAGGGAAUUUCCUGCUGUUCAGCUUGCUGAUGCCCAGGUUGUUUUCAAACCUCUUCUGAGCCACAUAGGGAUUCAGUCUCAGGAUGCAGUGCCCCUGUGCUACCGGAUGUACUUUGGAGAGCACCUUUCCUUCUCAGGGACUCUGGAUUGCCUUAGAGCAGACAUUGUAGAUUCGGAUACAGCGAAGGAGAGAAGAAGCAAAAGAGCACGAAGGCAAGGAGCAGUUAAUCUGCCUCCCCUUGAAUUUAAACCUGCGUUAAUGUUGGAAACGUUCAGCCUCAGUGCCGUUAUAAUGGAGAAAUCAGUGUGCACGCCUCAGAACCCCACCAAUGCCCUUGUCUUUCAUGACUUCAACAAACGUCAUUAUAGCACUUUUCACUGCAAUUUUACGAUCUCUUGCCAGUCUAUAAGCCAGCAUGUAGACAUGGCGCUGGUGCGUCUCAUUCACCAGUUUAGCACCAUGAUAGAUGACAUCAAAGCUACACAGACAGACAUCAAGCUCAGCAGGUACACAGCUGGUUCUGCUUCUCCAACGCCAACCUUUAAAACCCGCAAGCACAGAGACUUCCGUUCUUCGGACUUCAGUCGCAGCUCUCGAGGGAGCCUCAAUGGCAACCGAGUAAACAAUGCAAAAAACAAACGACCUAACAAUGAGAACAGUAAAAAAGAAUCUCGAAACAAGAGCUCCCUUGGGAGGUCAGAAAGAAGAACUUCUAAAGUAUCCAGGAAAGGUUCAAAGGACGUUGUUGACCAUGUGACCAUUCAUAUGGACGACUCUGAUUCGAUUACCGUUUCGGAGCAAAGUGAGCCUUCAGCAGAAUGCUGGCAAAAUAUGUAUAAACUGUUAAACUUUUAUUCUCUUAUCAUGGAUCCCACAGGGAUUUUAGAAAAAUCUUCUGAAACGUUUUACCCAACAGGUAUUCGGAGUCCUGCUGAGCCUGUAUGUAGAGUUAUAUUUGAGAAUGAGCAGGAUAACAGCAGCUUAAGCAGAACACAGAGGAAGCGCAGUUUAGUCACAUCUGAGCCUCAGCAUGUGACCCUGAUAGUCUUUGGAAUAGGCAUGGUGAAUCGCACACAUCUUGAAGCAGAUAUUGGUGGGCUAACAAUGGAAGCCGAGCUGAAGAGAAUCCAUGGGAGUUUUACACUCAAAGAAAAAAUGAAAGAUAUACUUCAUCAAAAGAUGACCGAGACAAGCGCUACUGCUCACAUAGGUGGUGUUAAUAUUGUUCUUCUGGAAGGGAUCACACCAAACAUUCAACUGGAGGAUUUCCCUACAUCACCAACAAGCACAGCCAAACAAGAAUUUCUAACGGUGGUGAAAUGCAGCAUUGCCAAAUCACAGGCACUUUACAGUGCCCAAAGGGGGCUGAAAACAAAUAAUGCUGCAGUAUUCAAAGUAGGUGCUAUUAGCAUCAACAUUCCUCAGCAUCCAGCUACCCUUCACAGCAUGAUGGUGCGGAGUUCUCAUCAGCUCUCAAAACAGAUCUCUGACCUCAUCAGACAGCCAUCUACCAUACCCCAGCCUACAAAAGAAGAUACUGCAACACCAUUACCUGCAGAAAAGACGCCUACAAGUGUGAACCAGACGCCUGUUGAAACCAAUGAAUUUCCACAGUUGCCUGAAGGCUUGGAGAAGAAGCCCAUUGUUCUUAAAUUCAGUGCCAUGAUUGAUGGAAUUGCUAUUGGAGCAGCUCUCUUGCCAUCCUUAAAAGCCGAGUACAAGAUGGGAAGAAUGAGAAGCCAUGGAAUGACAGGUGCACAAACCAGAUUUACAUUUGAGUUGCCAAAUCACAGGUUGCGAUUUACUUCUAAAGUCUCCGCCACUGAUAUGUCUAGUAUUCCUCCGUCAGCCAGUCUUAACCUUCCUCCUGUAACCAUGUCGGGUAAAUACAUCAUGGAGGAGCAUGACAGCUAUACAGAUCAGACAUGGAGUAUUGAUGAGCUACCCACUAAGCAGGGUUAUUAUCUCCAGGGAAAUUACUUGCGCUGUGUAGCUGAGGUUGGUUCCUUUGAACAUAAUCUUACAACAGAUCUUUUGAACCAUUUAGUUUUUGUGCAGAAGGUAUUUAUGAAAGAGGUCAAUGAAGUAAUACAGAAGGUUUCAGGAGGGGAGCAACCUAUUCCUCUUUGGAACGAACACGAUGGAACAACAGAUGGAGAGAAGCCAAAGAUUCUCCUCUAUUCUUUAAGUCUGCAGUUUAAGGGUAUCCAGGUGACAGCCACAACACCAUCAAUGAGGGCCGUAAGAUUUGAAACAGGAUUGAUAGAACUGGAGCUCUCAAAUAGAAUACAAACAAAAGCAAUGCCUGGUAGCAGCAGCUACUUGAAGCUCUUUGGUAAAUGCCAAGUGGACUUGAAUCUUGCGUUAGGACAAAUAGUUAAGCAUCAGGUUUAUGAAGAAGCUGGAUCAGACUUCCAUCAGGUUGCUUAUUUUAAGACUAGAAUUGGAUUAAGGAAUGCCCUCAGAGAGGAAAUCAGCGGCUCGUCGGAUCGUGAAGCCGUGCUCAUCACUUUGAACAGACCGAUUGUUUUUGCUCAGCCUGUGGCCUUUGAUAGAGCUGUGCUUUUCUGGCUGAACUACAAGGCUGCUUAUGACAACUGGAAUGAACAGAGACUGGCCUUGCAUAAAGACAUUCAUAUGGCUACGAAGGAAAUAGUUGACAUGUUACCUGGAAUCCAGCAGACAUCUGCUCAAGCAUUUGGGACGCUCUUUCUUCAGUUAACAGUUAAUGAUUUAGGGAUUUGCCUGCCCAUCACAAACGCACCACAGUCUAACCACUCAGCUGAUUUGGACACAGGCUCUGCAUUAGUCUUGACCAUUGAAAGCACUUUAAUUACCGCCUGCUCUUCAGAAUCUCUGGUUAGCAAAGGUCAUUUUAAAAACUUCUGUAUCCGUUUUGCUGACGGCUUUGAAACAACCUGGGAUGACUGGAAGCCAGAAAUACAUGGAGAUCUAGUCAUGAACGCUUGUGUAGUUCCAGAUGGUACCUAUGAGGUGUGUUCAAGGACAACAGGGCAGGCAGCUGCAGAAAGUAAUAGUGCUGGAACAUGGACUCUUAAUGUGUUGUGGAAGAUGUGUGGCAUUGAUGUGCACAUGGAUCCUAACAUUGGGAAAAGAUUAAAUGCUCUGGGAAAUACCCUUACAACGUUGACAGGAGAAGAAGAUUUAGAUGAUAUUGCUGACCUUAACUCUGUUAACAUGGCUGACCUGUCUGAUGAAGAUGAAGUUGAUACAAUGUCUCCCUCUGUUAGUAUGAAAUCAGAUGGUGGUCCUCUAUGUGUUGAUGUACACAAGCUCACAUUUGGGCAGCGGAUUGUAAAUCACCUGCUGGGUUUGAGCCCCAAAAGCCAACGUUACUCUGUUCCUGUAGAAUAUCUGUCGGGAUCAGCGAGGAGUGACGCUACUGAUUCUAACAGUACACACUUAAAAGCGGGCAGGUCUUGCUCAUGGGGACAUGAGAAUGCUGAGUGUAGGAGGCAGGGAACAUCUAACAACCAGACAGGAGAGCAGAGAGGAAGAAAAUAUGUCAAACGUUUAGUAGACAUAAGGGAACUGAAUGAACAAGCCAAAGUAAUUGAUGAUCUGAAGAAGCUGGGUGCAAGUGAAGGAACCAUAAACCAAGAAAUUCAACGUUAUCAGCAGCUGGAGUCAGUAGCGGUCAAUGACAUCCGCCGAGAUGUCCGUAAAAAACUGCGCAGGUCAAGUAUGAGGGCAGCAUCACUAAAAGACAAAUGGGGCCUAGGUUACAAACCUAGCUAUAAUCGAUCCAAAAGCAUCUCAGCAUCUGGAAGACCACCUCUAAAAAGAAUGGACAGGACAAGUACCCGUCUUGGAGAGAGUGAAGAACUUCCAGAAAUACGUGUAGAUGGUUCAUCUCCUGGACCCAGAGUAACUUUCAAUAUACAGGACACAUUGAAUAAAACAGUUUUGGGGAUUGUACCACAGUCCAGCUGUCCAGGGGAAGGGUAUUUUCAGUUUCCGGAGGAGUCAGAAUCGGAUCUUUUGUCAGUAACCAUUGAUGGUCCAUCUCAUUAUUCAUCUACUAGUGAAGGAUCAUGCUCAGUAUUCAAUUCACCCCAAACUCCAGCUGUCUUCUCACCAAGCAUUCCCUUCCAGCCUGAAGAAGGAAGACGGGAUGACAGCUUGUCUUCAACAAGUGAGGAUUCUGAAAAAGAGGAAGACCAUGAGAGAGAGAAGCCUUACUUUUACCGAAAGGCACAGCCAGUUUCUCGUAAGAAAGCAACAGGUUUUGCUGCUGUACACCAACUGUUUACUGAACGGUGGCCAACAACUCCAGCCAACAGAAGUGUGACUGGCACAACUACAGAGAGGAAUAUCGACUUUGAGCUUGAUGUGAGAGUUGAAAUUGACUGUGGGAAAUGUGUUCUUCAUCCAACAACACUUCAGCAAGAACAUGAUGACAUAAGCUUAAGGAGGAGCUACGAUCGGAGUUCUAGAAGUUUAGACCAAGAGUCUCCUUCAAAAAAGAAGAAAUUUCAAACUAACUAUGCAUCAACUACUCACUUACUGGCUGGAAAGAAAGUGCCAUCAUCUCUGCAGACAAAGUCUAGUGACUUGGAGACAACAGUAUUUUACAUUCCUGGUGUGGAUGUAAAGCUACAUUACAACUCCAAGAUGUUAAAGACUGAAUCGCCAAAUGCAUCCCGUGGUUCGUCUCUGCCAAGAACCCUUUCCAAAGAAUCCAAGCUGUAUGGUAUGAAAGAUACUGCCAUGCCUUUUUCUCACCUCAAGGCUAAAACUUUACUUCCUCCCCAACCCCCACCCAUCCCAUCAGCCAAAGGGAAGGGAAGUGGUGGCGUCAAAACAGCAAAAUUGUACGCUUGGGUUGCACUCCAGUCUUUGCCAGAGGAAAUGGUGAUUAGCCCCUGCCUGUUGGACUUUCUAGAGAAGGCCCUUGAAACCAUACCUAUAACUCCAAUAGAAAGGAACUAUGCAGCUGUUAGCUCGCAAGACGAGGAUAUUGGGCAGUUCGAUAUGCAAGAUCCCUUAGAAGAGUCCACAGCUUCCUUGGUGUCCUCAUCAACCUCAGCAUACUCCUCCUUCCCUGUGGAUGUGGUAGUUUAUGUAAGAGUUCAGCCCUCCCAGAUCAAGUUCAGCUGCUUACCUGUAUCAAGGGUGGAAUGUAUGCUGAAGCUUCCUUCCCUUGAUCUUGUAUUUUCUUCCAAUCGAGGGGAACUGGAAACUUUAGGUUCAACCUGCCCUGCAGAAAAUAAUGCACAAAGUGGACCAAAGAUUAAAACUGUGUCACCAGGUUCAUCACCUGGCUUGGGCAGCCCCUUUGGCAGAACACGACAUAGUAGUAGCCAAUCAGAUUUAACUGGUUCUAGUAGUAGUUCUUCUGGUCUGAGCUUCACAGCCUGCAUGUCUGAUUUCUCCCUUUAUGUAUUUCAUCCAUAUGGAGCCGGGAAGCAGAAAACCAGUGUGACUGGCUUGAGUGCUGGUUCUGGGUCCCUAGGAAAUGUAGAUGAAGAACCCUCUUCAGUUACUGGUCGGAAAGAUUCAUUGAGCAUCAAUCUUGAGUUUGUGAAAGUUAGUCUAUCGAGAAUAAGGCGUUCAGGAGGUGCUUCCUUUUUUGAGAGUCCCUCUACAAGCAAAACUUCAAGCAAGAUGGACACCACCUUAAUAAACAUAUCUGCUGUUUGUGAUAUAGGAUCAGCCUCUUUUAAGUAUGACAUGAGGAGACUAAGUGAGAUUUUAGCCUUCCCUAGAGCCUGGUACAGAAGGAGCAUUGCACGGCGCCUUUUUUUGGGUGACCAAACCAUAAAUUUGCCAGAAGCGUCUGGCCCUGGGACUCCGGAUUCUAUUGAAGGUGUGAACCAACACAUGUCUCCUGAAUCGUCACGAAAAGCAUACUGUAGGACCUGGGAGCAGCCCAGCCAGUCUGCUUCAUUUACCCAUAUGGCUCAGUCACCUAAUGUUUUCAAUGACCACAGCACAAGUAACAUGUCACCUGGAACAGCAUCUCAUAACUUAAAAUCCCCAGCAGUGUCCAGAUCUAGGAGUGUGUCCGACUCUUCGGUUCCCCAAAGAGAUGCACUCUCAAAAACUUCAACUCCUUUCAACAAAUCGAACAAAGCUGCAGGGCAGCAAGUGACACCAUGGGAGACGCUGGUUGUGUUUGCUAUCAAUUUAAAACAGCUAAAUGUCCAGAUGAACAUGAGCAAUGUCAUGGGAAACACUACGUGGACUACUAGUGGUUUGAAAAGCCAAGGUCGUUUAUCUGUGGGUAGUAACAGGGAUCGGGAAAUUAGCAUGUCAGUUGGUCUGGGAAGAUCCCAUUUGGAUUCUAGAGGAGGUGUGGUUGGAGGUACCAUAGAUGUUAACACCUUGGAGAUGGUGGCACAUAUUUCUGAACAUCCCAACCAGCAACCAAGUCACAAAAUUCAGAUUACCAUGGGCUCUACUGAAGCACGUGUUGACUAUAUGGGAUCUAGUAUCCUAAUGGGCAUUUUCAGUAAUGCUGACCUUAAAAUACAGGAUGAAUGGAAAGUUAAUCUAUACAACACUUUGGAUUCUAGCAUUACUGAUAAAAGUGAAAUAUUUGUCCAUGGAGAUUUGAAAUGGGAUAUUUUUCAAGUAAUGAUUUCCAGAUCAACCACUCCAGACCUCAUCAAAAUAGGAAUGAAGCUUCAGGAAUUCUUUACUCAGCAGUUUGACACCAGCAAGAGAGCUUUGUCUACCUGGGGACCUGUUCCAUACCUCCCCCCAAAAACUGUGGUCAAUAUUGUAGAGAAAAGCUCACAUCAGCAAUUACUGGAUGCAGCACAUCAUCGCCACUGGCCAGGGGUCUUAAAGGUGGUAUCAGGGUGCCACAUAUCCUUAUUUCAGAAUCCUUUACCGGAAGAUGGAAUGCAGUUUGGAGGCUCUAUGAGCUUGCAUGGAAAUCACAUGACAUUGGCAUGUUUCCAUGGGCCGAAUUUUCGCUCAAAAUCAUGGGCAUUAUUUCACCUUGAAGAACCUAACAUUGCCUUUUGGACAGAAGCACAGAAAAUUUGGCAAGAAGGUUCUAGUGAGCAUUCUACAUAUGUUGUGCAAACGCUGGACUUCCAUUUGGGACAUAAUACUAUGGUCACAAAGCCCUGUGGAGCUCUAGAAAGCCCGAUGGCAACAAUCACGAAGAUAACAAGGCGGCGUCAUGAAAACCCACCACAUGGAGUGGCAAGUGUGAAAGAAUGGUUCAAUUAUGUUACAGCUACAAGGAAUGAAGAGUUAAAUCUCCUUCGAAAUGUUGACGCAAAUAACACAGAGCAUAGCACAACAGUGAAAAGCUCCAGCUUGUUAAGUGGAUUCAGAGGUGGUUCCAGCUACAAUCACGAGACUGAAACUAUCUUUGCAUUACCCAGGAUGCAGUUGGAUUUCAAAUCCAUUCAUGUUCAACAGCCUCAGGAACCUUCAUUGCAAGAUGCUGAUGCUAAGCCAAAGGUGGAAUGCAGCGUAGUGACAGAAUUCACUGAUCACAUAUGUGUAACCAUGGAUGCUGAACUGAUCAUGUUCCUGCAUGAUUUGGUGUCUGCUUAUCUUAAAGAGAAGGAAAAAGCUAUCUUUCCUCCUCGUAUUUUAUCAAGUCGACCAGGACAGAAAAGUCCUGUCUGCAUAGCUGAUGACAGCACUACUGAGAGAGAAGACAAUAUUACUUAUACUACAGUUGAUUGGAGAGAGUUUAUGUGCAAUACAUGGCAUCUGGAACCCACACUCAGAUUAAUUUCUUGGACUGGAAGAAAGAUAGAUCCAGUCGGCGUUGAUUAUAUUCUUCAAAAGCUGGGUUUUCAUCAUGCAAGGACGACGAUUCCUAAAUGGCUUCAACGAGGAGUCAUGGACCCUCUGGACAAGGUUCUGUCUGUUCUUAUAAAAAAACUUGGCAGUGCACUGCAGGAUGAAAAGGAAAAGAAAGGAAGAGACAAGGAAGAUCACUGAGGAUAGUAAUAAAGUAAUGUGGCAAACACAUAUUUUAUGUCUUUUUUGUUUUACACUGUGUUCAGUUGUAUAAUUUUAAGUAUGAUUUAUACUGAAACAACUUAACAGUUUUUUGCGACUAUAUUUAAAAAUUGAUUGACAUUGUGAGUAACUGUUUACUGUGGUUUAUGAUGCCAUUUUGUAUUCAUUUAAGUAUUGCAUGACCAAUGUUUGUGAAGAGAACUCUAAAGCUGCUAUUUAGCAUUCACAAUUUUAUGAUGUGCAAUAUUCUGCAUCUUUGAACUACAAAUUAACUGUGAAUUUUCAGAACUUUUACUGGCCAUAACACUGAAUACCCUUUUGGGUAAUGUGAUUCCACGAUUGGCUUUUUUCUUGUCCAUGCAUAUUGUAUAAUUUCUGUAUAAUUUAUGAAACUGUGAUUACCUGUGUGUUAUUUUAAGUUUCUUAUA